AUUACAGUGACACGAAAAUUUUGCGGAUACUGAAUUCGGAAUUGGCAGACACUUUGGGCAACUUAUUGAAUAGGUGCUGUUCACCAACGCUAAAUCCCAGACAAACCUUUCCUGCUAUCGAAUCGUCAGCAUUUGAUAAUGUUUCAUCCUUAGAGGUGACUAAGAAACUUAUUGAAAGCGUAACGCAACUACCAGAAAUAUGCCGCAUCCAUUACGACGACUUGAAUUUCUACAAGGUGGCAGACGCAGUAAUGGAAACAUUGCACGCUGCUAAUCUCUUCUUCGAAUCGUUGAAACCUUGGGUACUUGCGAAAAGCCCAGAAACUCAGAAAGACUUGGAUGUUGUCCUCCACGUUACUUUAGAAACCUUGAGAGCUACAGGAAUUCUCCUUCAGCCCUUGGUACCGAAUAUUUCCAAGAAUUUACUCGACAAAAUCAAUGUGGAAGAGGGGAGAAGGUAUUUCACAGAUUUAGGCAGUUUCUCUUGGACCCGAAAUGAUUUUAUCGGGAUUCCUCUGCGAGAACAGAGAGAUGUUUUGUUCAGAAGGAUUCUGUUAGAGGAUGAGACUAAGAAGGCCAAAAAGUUGUGAAGUGUAUCGUAUUCUGAUUGUUUUUAAUAUGUGUAUGAACGAACAAGCAUUUCAACUUCUAUGUUGUAGAAUAGUAGUUUUUUGACAGUUUUUCGAUCCCUUCAAUAAGACUUAUGUAUUCCAAGAACCAUAUAUUCGUUUCAGCGUUUCAGUUUGAAAGGACUUCUCUAACUUUGCUUUUUUUUCGGAAAUUUGAAACAUCAUUCAAUGCUAUUAGGAGAUUUUCACUGGAAAUUUUAUCGAAAAAGAACAGGAAUUCAUACUUAUCAAAUUAUACCCAACUAGUGCUUGAUAUGAUAUAUAAUUUGAAUCAUAUGACAAUCUGCCCAUUCAAUAACUGUCAAUUUUAAUUGAGUAUAGGCAUUCACUAAAUAAAAUUUAUUUUGAAAGGAAUUUCACCAACUUAUUGAAUGAACAUGUAAUAAACUAACCACAUCAGAAAACAGAGUCAAGAGAAGAAAAGAAUUUAAUUCUGUUUGAUCAUUCAGUAAAUUUUGAGAAUUCCCAAUUUCUGUGGAUUCGAACAGAUUGAAUUUCAAACCUUUCCCUUUCAAAUGCAAUACGUCAUUAUCGUCAACUUAAGUGUGGUUUUCCCCCAAAACUUUAUAUUGGCCAAACGGAAAACAUUUCUUCCGAAUAACAAAAGAACAUAUGAGUAGUUUCAUGAAUGUGAAGAUCGAUUCCACAUCUACGAACCAUGACUAUGAUAUAUUACAUUUGGAAUAGGAAGGAUUGAAACUCAAUCUUUUGGAAGCAAGGAAAUUAAAAUAAAUUUGAGAAUUCUGGUGUGACCGAAUAGAAAAGAAUUAUUUUAAUCUGUGUAAUCUGUUUUUCAAUGUGAUAAUGAGUGAUUAGUUUAUUACAUGCCCAUUCGAUGAGUAAGUAGGUAAAAUGUCUUUUAUAUUGUUCAAAUUUUCAAGGGCUAGACGCAGGUAGUGGGUUAUAAGAUUCAAAUUCUUAUAUAAAAUAAAGCACUAAUUAGGUAGAAUUCAGUCAGUAUGAACACGCCUGAGGAAGCUAAACCGUAAUGAAACACGUGUUGCAUUUUGUUAACUGUCCAGUGAAAAUCUCACAAUAGAGUGUCAACUUGAAUACAUUAUAGUAUUGGCCAUUUAUAUCAAUCAUAUGAAUGUAUGAUAUUCUGAUCUAUCAACUACAACUUUUGUCGAUAUGCAAUAUGUUAAAAAAUUAAUGUUUGCGAAAUGUUUCAAAAAUAACUAUGAUCUGUCAUGUAAAUAUUCAAGUACUGAAUAUAUUGUUUUAAUAGCU